CUUAGACCCAAUCCAGGCCCCCCAGGUGUUCAAGGAUUGAAACAGGUCAUUCAUGCCUUGAGCAGGUUUGCGUGCUCAUCUUGUCGUUAUCCAGGGUGCAACAAUAGAUCCUGGUGUCGCAUCUGCGCUGGCUUUUGGUCUCAGUCGCUGGCUUUUUGGUGGCCCUCCAAAAUGAAACGUCUUGUCACCGGCCGACUGAGGGCCCUCGUGGUUGUUGCUGGUGCUGGUGCUGCUUUGGUUUAUUGACACUCCCGAUUUUUGUCAAUCCAACGCACCUGGCUUUCCCCUCCUCCUUUGGGAAACAUGCCUUCAAUUUAACAUGCCUCGCUUGCCAUUUUUUGAAACCUGGUUAACUCAUUUUUGUUGUUCCUGAAAAAGCUCUCGCAAUCCAUCUUUCUCCUCACAAGAAAGAUUUCUUUUUACCUUUCAGCUCAACACCCAAAAACAAAGGUGCAUCCUCGUGUAUUAAAUCACUCGUGUCUUUCACAACUUUAGUUUAUUCGCCGCAUCUUCUCUACCUAGAAUCAACUAAGAGACAAAACACCGACAUUAUGCCUGGAAUUCCCCUUCACGCUUUUGACAACCUUAAGGCGAAGCUCAAGGCUGCCUUCAACGAGAGGAAGAAGAAGAAGUCGAGCAGCGAAAAGCCUGCGGAUCCAGCUGCUACAGCCACUACCGCUCCCACCCCAGCCAAGACCGAUGCUGCACCGGCCGCGGCUCCUGCUGCUGCAGCUGUGGCAUCGACACCCGCAGCCGCCGCGCUCGAUGCGGCCAAGAAAGACGACGCCACAGCGGCCCCCGCCGCCGCAGAGCCGGCUUCAGCUGCCUUCGAGCCAGCCAAGCCUGCCGAACCCACCGUGACCGAGCCGGCCGCUACUGAAGCCGCUCCAGCUCCCGCCACGAGCACCACGACGGCAGGCGCUGAAGCCUCCGCGGCGCCUGCGCCGACCCCGGCCGAGCCUGCCGCCCCCGCUAUCGAGACUGACAAGGCUGAGGAGAAGAAGCCCCAGGCAACUGAUGCUGCACCUGCUGCUGCACCGGCUGCCCCUACCGCGGCUGCCGCGCCCGUUGCGCCGACGGCAUGAUAUGCUUCGGAAACUUGUCUUGUGUCGGCUAGCCUAUCACUACGUCUGCGCUUUCAAAGGUCUUUUUUCCAGGUUCUAAAUUGAUCUUUUGCCCUUCAAAGUUCCUUGUCGAAAUUGGUGGAUCCGACACUGUCCAAGACAAGCCAAGACACAAGGCUUGAGACGACAUCUCUUUUGGUUUCAAUGCGUUGUUUGUUAUUGUUUUCAUCAGUUUCAAUACCCCGCAAAAUGGCGA